CAUCAAUGGCAAUGUUGCUUGUACACUUAAGUAAGGUACGAUGAAACAUUCAUCAUGGCCAAAGAUGAUAGACCUGGAUAUGUUUCCAUUAAUGGAAGCGGAAACACAUUUGAGUAUUUCAACAGAUCAGAUGAUUACAUAAAACAAUUACUGAUAGCAAAUCUUGGUGAAAAACGGAAAAGCAUGUUCACAGUGGUAUUUUUGACUAUGAUUUAUGCGACCAUUUUCCUAACAGGAGUGAUUGGGAAUUUAAGUACGUGUAUUGUGAUAUGGAAAAACACAUACAUGCAUACAGUCACAAAUUAUUAUCUUUUCACUUUAGCCAUAUCAGACGUUAUGACGCUUUUAUUAGUUGCUGUCGUAGUUGCGUUUUUUAUCUGCUGGGCUCCGUUCCAUGCUCAAAGACUUAUGACACUGUACGUUACUAAUUGGAAUGCACGGCUGUUAGAAAUACAGGGACAUCUGUUUUAUCUUUCAGGAAUUCUUUACUUCUUCAGUUCCACCGUGAAUCCAAUACUGUACAAUGUGAUGUCAAGAAAGUUCAGGAGAGCCUUCAAGCGAACUCUCUGCAGAUGUUUUGUUGGCGCAAAUAAUCUUCCAUCUUUUUAUAUGCUAAAGGCCAAGUUCAUCAAUCACGAUUUAAAUGUACCCCAUUCUCGAGAGAGCGAUAUUCCAAACAUGUCUGACAAUAAGGAUUUUCGGAUUGUUACGUAUUACAACAACGAUAAGCGAGAAUCAUCUAAAUAUAACCACUCCGGAGACAAAUGCUCCACUAAAGAGACGCUGAUUAACAAGACAAGUGAAAGCACAUCAGGCAAGUCACACGCACAUUCUGACAGCGACCUGCACGCCUUGUGUCGGCACAAGAGGUGCUCCGAUAGACGUCACAGUGCGCUAAAUCGACGUAGAAAUGGAUUGGUCAAUUCAUUUCAUGAUAUCGACGAUUUACGUAAAGAGCAUACGUUAUUUGAUUACCAAACUGCUGCUAAAUUGAGACUACUUGAAGCUGAACCGCUAACACAUUCAUGGCAAUCAACGGUUUAGA